AUGACGAUGUCAGAUGCUGCGCUACCGCCUGCAGCGCAGCAAAAGCUUCCCAAGCUCGUGCCACGACAGCGCAAAGCGUCGUCCACGACGCCUUCAGAACCAGCGCCAGAGACUCCGCCGCUGCCAGACGCGCCAGCAGCAGAGAGCAUGUCCUUCCGCAUUCCCAUGCGGCGGAUCUUGUCGCCCAAAGACCUCGAGUUGUUUCUGUCCUCACCCACGUACACACUCAUCCUCGCCUUUGUCUUUGGCCUUUCCGACUGCGUGCGCAACACCCCGAUCUCCGCCGUCUCCGCCGGCAGCCUGACGCCAACCUGCCAAAGCAUCCUCGCCAUCCUCGACGCCGCCUCCGACCUCGUCGACGCAAACCCUCCGCUCGACACGGGCUCUCGCUUCGGCAAUCCGGCCUUUCGAUCGUACAUCGCCGCCCUCACCGCAAGGCUUCCGGAAUGGCACGCACAGCUGCAUGUGCCGUCUGCGGCUCGGCAGGAGGUCUCAACGUACCUGCAGAACAGCUUCGGCAACACGGCUCGGAUAGACUACGGCUCCGGCCACGAACUGAACUUCGUCAUGUGGCUGCUGUGUCUCAACAGGCUCUCGUUGCUUCCGCCAUCUGCAUUCCCCGCCGUCACCCUGGUCGUGUUCCCCAGGUACAUUGCGCUGAUGAGAAAGGUUCAGAUGAACUACUACCUCGAGCCGGCAGGCUCUCAUGGAGUUUGGGGGCUGGACGACUAUCAGUUCCUACCCUUCUUGUUUGGGGCGUCGCAACUGUGCGGCCACAAGUUCAUCACGCCUCGAAGCAUCCACAACCAGCCAACGCUCGAGUCGUACGCGCAGGACUACAUGUAUCUGGACCAGGUCGCCUUUGUCAACAGCAUCAAGAAUGUCGAGGGUCUGCGGUGGCAUUCUCCCAUGCUCGACGACAUUUCGUCGGCCAAGUCCUGGGAGAAGAUUGAGGCCGGCAUGAAGAAGAUGUUCGUAAAGGAGGUGCUGGGCAAGCUCCCCGUCAUGCAGCAUUUCCUAUUUGGAGGGCUCAUCCCCGCUGAAGACGGCAUGAGCGUCGAGGAAGACGACGCCUUCCAGCAGAGGACCGAGCGGAACGAGAAGCAUGAGCAUGCAGAGAACACGUGGGGAGACUGCUGCGGUAUUGCCGUGCCGAGCAGCGUCGGUGCCGCUGGAGAGAUGAGGAAAAGAUUAGGGAAAGACGGAGCACUGCGCAGGCUACCUUUUGAUUAA